CAAGACUUUUCUAAACUUGAAGUUCUGGGAUACUUCCAUUUUGUUUGGUUGGUGUUUUGUAUGUUGAUUGCUUUCCAACUGGUAGUUGGAAACUGAAGUUGUUAGAAUAGAACUAAAACAAACAUAUGUUUAACUCUCAAAGAAUGCUUGGCCAAACCAUAAAGAGAAUUGUAGCCAUUGCACCAAAUCCCUUUAAUAAAGGAUUGAAUUUAUGUGGAGUGGGAGGACAUAGUUUGCAUUGUUUUGUUUCAUUGAGUAAUUAGGCGUGAGUCUCUUGAAGAAACCAGGUUGUUAACUAAGAAUGAUUUAAUAUUGUGAAUAUUGUCUGAAACUAGAAGGUGGAAUUCCAAGUGAUUAUAAGGUUAAUGUUGAAGAAGGAAAAUGCGGAAGUCGUCAUUUGACAAGUUUUAUAAAUGAGUAUUUGAAGCUCAGGAAUAAGUGAAGCUGAAAUUUGAAAAAAUUAAAGAAAGAAUGCAUGCUAAUUAUCAGACCAGAAGUCCCACUUGUAGAAUAUUGAGCAAUUUGUGUGAAGUGGGGAAGAUGAAAGAAGUCAGAAUUUGAAACGGAAGAAUGAAGAAAAGAAAUAAAAAUGAAGUUAAGAUAAGAAGUAAUCUGGAAUCAGAAAGCACUACGCUAAGUAAUUACUAGUCUGUUUAUGUGUCCCUGUAUAUUUUGCUAAACAUGCAUGCAUUAUUUGUUUAAUAGAAGAAAAUAUAUACAGGGUAAAGAAGUGCCUUCCAGGGGAAACGUUUAAAUUAGCUGAAUAGAAGAGUCAGAUGAUUGUAAUGAUACCUUCGGUUGGAUGGAACAAGUACACAUCAAAGUAAUACUCAAUGGUAGCCAACCAACAGCUGUCUUCUACUCUAUUGGGGAAGCCAAGGAAUCCCGUUCUGCUUCCAGAAGUGGAAGUGCUCAUGGAUCUGGGAAAUCUGCAAGGCAUACCCCUGCAAGGUCUCGCUCCAAGGAAGAUUCCAGGCGCUCCAGAUCAAAGUCCAGGUCCAGAUCUGAAUCUAGGUCUAGAUCCAGAAGAAGUUCUCGAAGGCAUUAUACAAGGUCACGAUCUCGAUCUCGCUCCCAUAGACGAUCUCGCAGCAGGUCUUACAGUAGAGAUUAUCGAAGACGUCAUAGCCACAGUCAUUCUCCCAUGUCUACUCGCAGACGUCAUGUCGGGAAUCGGGCAAAUCCUGAUCCCAACUGUUGUCUUGGAGUAUUUGGAUUGAGCUUGUACACUACAGAAAGAGAUCUAAGAGAAGUAUUCUCUAAAUAUGGUCCUAUUGCUGAUGUGUCUAUUGUAUAUGACCAGCAGUCUAGACGUUCAAGAGGAUUUGCCUUUGUAUAUUUUGAAAAUGUAGAUGAUGCCAAGGAAGCGAAGGAGCGUGCCAAUGGGAUGGAGCUUGAUGGACGUAGAAUCAGAGUUGAUUUCUCUAUAACAAAAAGACCACAUACCCCAACACCCGGAAUUUACAUGGGGAGACCUACCUAUGGUAGCUCUCGCCGUCGUGAUUACUAUGACAGAGGAUACGAUCGAGGCUAUGAUGAUCGGGACUACUAUAGUAGAUCGUACAGAGGAGGUGGUGGAGGAGGAGGAGGAUGGAGAGCUGCUCAAGACAGGGAUCAGAUUUACAGAAGGCGGUCACCUUCUCCUUACUAUAGUCGUGGAGGAUAUAGGUCACGUUCCAGAUCUCGAUCAUACUCACCUCGUCGCUACUAAAGCAUGAAGUGGAAGACUUUCUGAAACCUGCCCUAGAGUUUGGAUAUUGUUUGUGGACAAUAUUUUUUAUUGUCUCCUGUUUAAAAAGUGAACAGUGCCUAGUGAAGUUAGGUGACUUUUACACCUUUUAUGAUGACUACUUUUGGUGGAGUUGAAAUGCUGUUCUCAUUCUGCAUUUGUGUAGUUCGGUGCUUUGUUCAAAGUUAAGUGUUUUCAGAAAAGUAUGUUUUGCAUGUAUUUUUUUACAGUCUAAAUUUUGACUGCUGAGAAGUUUUUAUUGUACAAAACUUCAUUUAAAAGGUUUUUCUACUGAAUCCAGGGUAUUCUGAAGAUCGAAGCCUGUGUGUAAAAUGCUACCAAAUGGCAAAAAGCAACAAUAAAGUUUGAUUUUUACUUUUCUUUCUAA